UGCUCAAGUGCACGCGCUACGGUUAAACUUUCUGCUGGAAAUACAAAAUUAAAGGAAUAAAACAAGAUAAUCACAUAACUGACAGAUGGAGAUUCAUAAGUACCUGCUAUUUUUGAAAAUCACCGUUCUUCUCAAAGGGCUGUGUGACUGUUUUAACAUUGAUGUAAAGAGGCCACGGAUCUUUAGUGGACCUGAAGAUGCUUUGUUCGGCUUCUCCGUGCUACAGCAUGACGACAAAGGAGAGAAAUCAAUUUUGGUUGGUGCUCCAUGGGAUGGGCCUCAGAAUAACAGGAAGGGAGAUAUUUACAAGUGCAUUGUGGAAGAUGAGAUCAAUUCUAAUUGUUCAAAAGUUAACCUAGGUGAAAAUGCAUUUCAGAACGUGUCUCGAAAUUUAAAAAAUUCUCAUUUGGGGAUGACACUGACUCCCACUGCUUCAGAUGGCUUCCUGGCAUGUGCUCCACUGUGGUCGCAGGAAUGUGGUACAUCUGCGUUCAGCACUGGAAUCUGUGCAUCCGUCACCAAUGACAUGGAGCCCAAGGACAUCAUUGCACCCACUGCUCAGAGGUGCACCACAUAUAUGGAUAUAGUGAUUGUUUUAGAUGGGUCUAACAGUAUUUAUCCCUGGUAUGAGGUGCAGAACUUCCUUAGUAACAUCCUCAGCAAGUUUCACAUAAGUCCUGAACAGAUGCAGGUAGGUGUCCUUCAGUAUGGAGAGAUCUCGGUCCACGAGUGGUCUCUCAGGGACUAUCAGACAACAGAGGACGUGGUUGAAGCAGCCAAGAACAUCAGCCGUCAGGAGGGGCGAGAGACUCGCACUGCCUACGCCAUCCAAAUGGCCUGCACGGAGGCCUUCAGUCCAGACAGAGGUGCACGGGAAGGUGCCACUAAAGUGAUGAUAGUCGUGACUGAUGGAGAGUCCCACGACGGAGAAGAUCUUCCCGAGGCUCUCACUGAAUGUGAGAAACGUAACAUCACCAGAUACGCUAUAGCCGUAUUAGGUCACUACAUCCGCAGACAGCAGGAUCCAGAGACCUUUAUCAAUGAGAUUAAGUACAUUGCGAGCGACCCAGAUGAGAAAUACUUCUUCAAUGUGACGGAUGAGGCUGCACUGAAUGACAUUGUAGAUGCAUUGGGGGAUCGCAUUUUUAGUCUGGAGGGGACGCUGGGAUACAAUGAAAGUGCCUUUCUAAUAGAGAUGUCCCAGAUUGGUUUUUCAACACACAUUUUGGAUGAUGGCAUCUUGUUUGGAAUGGUGGGUGCUUAUGACUGGGAGGGAGGGGUCCUAAAGGAGAGCUUAGAGGGGCGAAUAAUGCCCUCACGAGAGGCCUUUGAGAAAGAGUUUCCUCUGGAGCUAAAGAAUCAUGCAGCCUACCUAGGUUACACCGUGUCUUCAGUGGUAGUUGGUGAUUGGAAAAGGUUGUAUGUUGCAGGAGCUCCCAGAUUCAAACACAAAGGAAAAGUGAUUUUGUUUGAUCUUACUCCUGAUGGCGAUGUUAAAAUCACACAGGCACUAAAUGGAGAACAGAUCGGCUCAUAUUUUGGCAGCGAGGUGUGCGUGGUGGACGUAGAUCAAGAUGGAAUAACAGAUAUCCUGCUCAUAGCUGCUCCCAUGUUCCUGGGUGCGGGAAACAAAGAAACAGGCAAAGUCUAUGUCUACUGUCUGGAUGGGGAUGGUUUUGCACCUAACGGUACGCUGCAUUCUCAGCGUAAGGCGCAGGAUGCUCGGUUUGGAUAUGCUAUGGCUGUAGCACCUGAUCUGAAUCAUGAUGGGUACAAUGACCUGCUGGUUGGAGCUCCACUAGAGGAUGACCACCAGGGAGCUCUUUACAUCUACCAUGGCGACGAAUAUUACAUCAUACCACAGUACAAACAACGCAUUGCUGGUUCCUCUCUCUCUGCUGGGCUGCAGUAUUUUGGCCGUAGCUUGAGUGCCUUGCAGGAUCUGGAUGGAGAUGAGUUACUGGAUCUUGCUGUGGGAGCGCAGGGCACUGCAGUCCUGCUGAGAUCACGCAGUAUAGUACAGAUCAACGUCAGUCUGUCCUUCCAGCCGCACUCUAUUAAUGUAAUCCAGAAGAACUGCCACAAGGCUGGCCGAGACUCCGCAUGCCUUAAUGCCACGGUCUGCUUCCUGGCCAUGUCCCGCUCGCCUGGCUCUCACGGCACAUAUUUUGAUAUGCAAGUGGGGGCCAUGUUAGAUGACAGAAAGUUCUCGGCUCGUGCUCUGUUUGACAACAAUACCCAGAGACAGACCCUUAUGGGUGUCAGUGGUCGUGUUGGACAAUCCAUGUGCUACACGAUACCAUUUCAUGUGUUUGACACAGCUGAUUAUAUUCGACCAAUCAGCUUCACCCUGCGCUUUAAAGUCAAUGACACAGAGAAUGGUCCGGUUCUGGAUGAAGGCUGGCCGACAACAGUCAAGAAGUCUAUCCCAUUCUUCAAAGACUGUGGGGAGGAUGAUGUGUGUGUACCAGAUCUCAGUCUGAAGGCCCAUAUGGACAUUUCUGGAACAAGGCAGCAGCCCUUUGUGAUACGCAGCCCGCGCCGGAGACUGGCAGUAGAAGUGCAGCUACAAAAUCGCCUGGAAAACGCUUACAACACCAGUCUAACUUUACAUUACUCCAAAAACCUGCACUUCAGCAGCCUGAGCAUCCGGGAAGAUGCCCAGUUUAAGAUUGAGUGCACAGCUUUAAGCUCAAGCAGUCACUCCUGUAAUGUGAGUUACCCCGUGUUUCGCUCUCAUUCAAAGGUGAACUUCAUGUUGGAGUUUGAGUUCAGCUGUACAUCUCUCAUCAGUAAGGUCCAAAUGAAGCUUGUAGCUGCAAGUGACAGCAAGGAGAGUUCAGAUACACUGUCAGACAACAGCGUUCAGCUGCAGAGUAUUGUUCAGUAUGAACCUGAUCUCUUUAUCACAAGUGACUCCAACUUAAACCGCUAUGAGGUUCACCCGACCAGGACUGUGUCUGAGGGGACAGGGCCUGAGUUCCACACACAUUUCAGGGUGCAAAACUUGGGUUGUUACGCAGUUAGUAACUUCGAGCUAAGUGUUCAUUUGCCCUCCGUGGCUUCGGGGGACAGAGUUUUUGCAGCUGUGGUUGAUGCUUUCUCUCACAACGCCUCAGGUGUGAACUGCAGUAUAGUCAGUGAUCUUGCUCAGCUGAAGUCCAGGCAGCGAGAUGUACGUCCACUUCACCCAGAAGACAUGAAGAAAAGUGAAGUAUUGAACUGCAGUUCAUCGUGGUGUGUGGAGGUUGUGUGCAAUGUGCAGCAGCUACUGAAGGGACAGACGGCCCUGAUCCGCAUCACGAGAAGAAUUCAUGACAACUUCUUCAGACAGGCAAAGUUUAAAGCCGUGACAAUAGUGGGCUCGUACCAGCUGUCUGCUCGGGAGUCCAGUUUGAUUACAUUGGGGGAUGCUGCCCUCUUGAGGGAGACAGUUUUGGAAGUACUGAAGGGGCGUUCGAUCCCGAUUUCACUCUGGAUUCUGAUUGGCAGUAUUAUUGGAGGCCUACUGCUUCUCGCACUUUUAGUAUUCAUCCUUUGGAAGUUGGGCUUUUUCACAAGGAAACAGAUGAAAGACGAAGAUGAGAACACUGAAAGCUGAGUGCAGACUGGACAAUCCUUUACAACCUGGAGAUUUUACACUUAAUACUUUCCUCUUGAAGACAUGACUAUUGCUUCUGCUCAAGAAACAAAUCCUUUUAUGAUUGGCAAAGAUGAAAUCUCUGGACUUUGCCCACCACCGCGUUUUCUGCCCCAAUUUUAUGGGAUCGUCUCUGGAAUGGAUUUAAACACGGUGAACUGUUUUAAAUGGAGCAGAAUGAUGCAACAGUCAUAUAGGUAACGGAAAGCAAAAUCCAGUAGUGUACAGUAAAUGAAUACGCAAGGGCGAAGGAUGCAU